AUGCGGCUCAAAUCCGACAGAUCCUUCGCCGCGCCGGUUGCUGCGUUGUCGCCUCCGCGCGGGUGGAACGGCAACGAGGAGGGUCCACUGGGGAUGUUUGCGUAUCGAAAUCUUCAGGGUCGGCUUCGGAAAGUGGUGCUUUGGUGCUUGCAUCGCUUAGAUCUAGCUGACUGCAAGGCAAAGCCUGCACUGGAGCUCCUGGAGUCAUUGCUUCAGCGAUUUCAGAAGCUUCUCUUGGAAGGGCAGCAACAGAUUGGUGGCAAGAAGCAGUGGCUUCGGCUGCAGACCUUGCUUGGCCAACAUUCCAUGGAAGGAGCAAGUUCGAACAGCAAGAGGCACAAGAUCAACUGUGAACAUGACACUCAGUUGCGCAACUGCCGACUCUGCCGACCCUGCCCUCAUGGAAAAGCCAAGCGCUUUUGUGCUCUUUGUAGCGGAUGUCCGCGUGGAAAGGUCAGGAGAACUGCAUCACAUGUAGCGGGUGCCCGCACGGCAAGAUUGCCAAAUCAGUUUGCUCCAUAUGCAGUCCAUGUCCGCACGGCCGAGUAA